UCCGUGCUGAACUGCAGCUUCUGCGCAGGCCGUCCCGUGCUGGCCAGGCUCUUGUCAACACCUGCGGUGGUCCAGGAGCUGCUUGGCAGCCUCAGCGUGGGGCAGCACCAGCACCGAGUGCUGGCAGCGAUAAAUGAAUGACUGCGUUUGCCAGUUAUAACUCAGGACUGGGCAAAAUUGGGUCUAGCUGUGUCUGACUGCAGACUGGGUGGCUUGCCCACUCUUCCCUUUGCUUUUACCAUCCCCGCCUCCUGAUGGUCAGGCAGGGGGUGGCGAACUCCAUUACCAAACCCAUGAAGGUUUUGGUGAAAGGGGUCACCUUACUGUGUCAGACUCGGUGCUUUUGGCUGUCCAGCUUGGGGUCUGCUCCUGCUUGGAUGCACGCUGAGACCAUGGCCUUUUUUUCUUGCCUCUCUUUCUUUCCUUAAAAAAUAAAAGUGCCUUGAAGCUUGUGGAUUAAACAGGGAGGGAAAAAUGGGUGUGAUCUAUGAGCUUUGUUGCUUCCUUUCUCCUAUUUUGCUGGCAGGCCACAGGCAGGUGUUUUUCUUUGUGCUUCUGCUAUCGUUGCACAGACACUUAAAGCAGCUUGCUAUGGGCUGCUGCUGUAAAGGUUUUUUUCCCCUCCCCUUCCUUGAACAUUUCUUCCUCUAGUGGUGGCUGCAUGGUGAACUUGAUGAGGGAAUUAAUCUGGCUGAAAAUAACAUUUUAUUUUCUUUUAAAAUGCAAAAGGCUUGUUUUCAGUGAGAUAAAUCCCCCUGUCAAGUUCACUGCAGGCUGCACAGACACUAGCACUGGUAGGGAGGAGCUGUUCCCACCUUGCCUUCUAACGGAUCAUUCAUCACAGCCUGUGUAUUCGCUGGAUUCAAGGAACUGUAAUCUAAUUUGAGCUAUUUCACUGUGAAAUGGAGACAGGCAUUGUUCCCUGCUUCAGCAGGGUACGGUGAGGAUGCGUAUGUGAAAGACCACGUCAAAUCACUGAGGCUGGGGAUGGAGCGCACAGUUUGGAUGUCAGCAGUGGGACAUUUUACCAGAACAAAGCACCCCUGGGACCGUUGUCUAAUCAGUGGCUUCUAAGUGCAGGAGCUGUUAGCCUGGAAACAAGCCCUACAAGAUGCCAAGUGAGGUGCUUGAGAGCAGCAGUGGGAUGGAGGAGACGGUGCAGAAAGAGAGCAAGUCCGGGACCCACAGCCCUCGCCACAGCUCCGCGAGGAAGGCGGUGGCAACCACGGUCACCUUUGAUGGGGAAGCCACUAUGGACCGGAGGAAAAAGAAGAAGAAAGAGUCCCGACCCGAGUCAGUAAUAGUGUAUCGGUCGGAGAACGAGAAUAAGGUGGAAGAGGAGCAGGCAGAUGAAGAAGGAGGGGAGAGGAACUCUGAGGAAGGCUCAAAGUUUCUGGGUCAGUCCUCGGCAGAUGGUGUCUGGAACAUGCCUUUAGACAGCCGAUACGUCACCUUGACUGGAACAAUCACCAGAGGAAAGAAGAAGGGUCAGAUGGUGGACAUCCAUGUCACACUAACAGACAAAGAGCUGCAGGAACUGACUAAGUCAAAGGAACCUCCUAAAGAAGACGUACUUGAAAAGAAAAAGAAAUGUGAUGUUGGGCUGGACAGGGGGCCCCACAUCGUCCUCUGGACCAUCAUCUGCCUCCCCGUUAUUUUUGUGGUGUCCUUCGUGGUUUCAUUCUACUAUGGAACCAUUACAUGGUACAACAUUUUCUUGGUAUACAAUGAAGAGAGGACCUUCUGGCACAAAAUCACCUUCUGCCCCUUUUUGAUCAUCUUCUACCCAAUUAUAAUCAUGGUUGUGUCUUUUUCCCUAGGCCUGUACUCGGCUGUGACCCAGGUAUCAUGGUCCUUUGCAGACUGGUGGCAUGCUGUCAGGGAUAUGGAGAAGGGCUUCUGUGGCUGGCUCUGCAGCAAGCUGGGUUUGGAAGAUUGUUCUCCGUACAGCAUUGUUGAGCUGCUAGAUUCUGAUAAUAUCUCAGGUAGUCUCUCUGGCAAGAGCUCUGCACAGGGUGUUGAGACUUCAGCAGUCUGAGCCUUUGUCCUGACUAUUUUGGUCAUAUGUGAGUGGUUUUCCCCUAGGAAAUAACACACUGAUUUUAUAUAUAUAUAUAUACAUAUAUUUAAACACAAAUAAAAUAUCAGGCUGGGAGUGCUCUUUAAAUGUCACAGAAUGCAAGUGUGCUAGCUUCACGUUGUGUUUGUGGGGAGGUGCAUGGCUCUCCAGUGAUUUGUCAUCUGUUUUAGCUAAUUACAACUUUGGGGAACAGUGAGAAAACCCAGGGCUGUGGGGCUCAGGCUGUUUUGCAGGUGACAGAGGUAUAUGCCGAAAAGACCUCUUCUGUAAAGUUAGACUUCACUUUUAGAGAAUAGGACAUAAUAGAGACCUGCCAACCCAGCAAAAAGAAGUCUAUAUGCAGGGGAUGAACUUCAGGAGAUCGAAAACUCAUUCAUAAGGGAAGGAUAAAUCACAAGAUUUGUGAUGUUCCUGCAGUUUUCCUAGAAAGGAUCCUUCUUCAGUUCUUCCAAAAAAAAAUGCAAAAACCUUUCAGGUCUGCUAACUGCUGAGAAAGUGUCAGUUUGAAAGAGCAGCGCACCACAGUAGUUGUGCCCAGCCUUCCAGUGGAAGAGGACAGCACAGCUCUGACAAAGGCACGAGAUCUGUGCUGACCUGAAACGCGUCCCACACAUGACUUGCUCAGCAGUGCUGCGUGGAGGCGCUGCACAUCACCAGCUGCACACGUGUCCUUGGGACCUUCCAUCUCUUGUUGGAUGCACUCCUACGAGGGAAUGGGCUACAGGAGUCUUAUGCAAGAGAACGGCUGUGAGUGUGAAGCGCAAGCAGUUGCAGUGCUGGGAAGAAACACCUGCUGUGAGGCAGGGCGAUCGUUUUGGGUGUCACCACAAUGUGGUCUGAUGCACCUCAGUUUAGGAAGGUGGUGUUGAAGAUGCUAGAGAUGGGAAAGUCUCACUGAAAUGGUCAUUCAAUUUUUCAAGUUGCUGUUACAGAGGAGACGCUGAACCAUCCCGUGCAGAAUGGGGCACCUUUGAGCCUGAACCUCUUAGCACCAGUGCAAGCUGCAUCAGUGCCACCGCUCCAGAAAUCUGUUCCUCCACCCCCUGCCUCCUGGUUAAUUACAUGGAAGAGCAACAGAUUGUACAUCCUCCUCCCAUCAUGUCUCAUUUUCUUAAUUGACUUCCCUCCUUUUGGGACUUUGCGUGGCAUCUUAGCGGGCUCCCAGGCCAGACUGAGGUGGCCACCAUAGGCCAGAGAAAUUUUAAUUGUCUUUUUAAAAAAAAUCACAAGCAGAAAAGUUUUUGUCUGAAUGGAGCAUGGUUGUUGAGGUCUCAGCCUAAGGAGGGCACAAGGAAAGGGAAGGAGAGGUUUAAUGGACUGUAACGGGGACUGAGUUAGAAAUGUCUGCACCAUCACUAAUUUCCUGAGCGCUCUAGUUCAGAUGGUGCUGCUAGAAAGUCUGCCUCAGCCCCAGCCCAGAGGGGCCCACCGUUUGCAUGCGUGUAGGUAGCUAAUUCAUAGUAUGCCACUCAUGUCUGGAUUGGGGUUUCACUCCCAUGCUAGAAGGGGAGCUGCUCGAGUUUUAGGGUGUCAAAGAGAAGCAUUUAGAAACUGGAUUUCACAGGAGCUAAUGCUUCAUAUCGCAUUUCAAGGAUGAUCUCAAGGCUACACUAAGCAGCCAUCCCGAUCAGGACAUUUGGGAGCCUGCGAUGGAUGAAGAAGUCCAUUGGAUGCUCUGCGCCUGACACUGAGAAAUAAGUGAAGUUCCUGCUGCAUCCUUGGUCCGUCCGCUUCUGAGAUGUCCAGCCAAAGAAGCCUCUUAGCACUGGCUUGAGAAUUACCAGUGUGAGCAGUGUGUGAGCCAAAUAGAAAGAGCUGGCUUGGCCCUACAGCUUACCAACAAAGCCGAGGUGUCCCUGUGCUCAGGUACAGCCAGGCUGCAUUUGCUACUUCCUUAUGCAGAACUUUUACUAACGGGGUCUCUAAAGGCAAUGGCCAACUGCCAGCAAAAAGAAAAAAAAAAAGUCCCCAGCCUGCGAAGCAACAGGAAGUAAUUCAGUGGGGUUCAAAGAUGACCUGCGCCACUGGGACCAGUUCACUGGGAGAAAGUUCAGAGGGUGAGAGUUCAGCUGUCACUGCCAAACAGCAGCUGUUCAAGGCGGAGCGAAAGGCUGGGGUCAGUAGCACAACGAGCCUUCAGCUUACAGAGGGUUUGAGUGAUAAGUACAGAGCGCAGCUAUGUGAAACGUCUGCUGAGCUGCAGGAUUGCUUUCAGGCUUGCAAACAGCCUGCCAGAACCGAGACAAAACCAAAUCUGUGCCUCUUGCUGCUAUGUGAACACAAAGGAGCAUCCAAAGAGGUGUAUUCCCCCCUCUGUGCCAUGGCAGCUGUGCUUCUGGGUAUAGAGAAACCACUUGGAGUCCACCUUUUGGGGUAAAAGCUGGAACAAUCCAUCGUGUGUUUACUACUUCAUUACAUAUUCAACCAAGCUUACCUCCUCCUGAUGAGAUCAGGGUGUUCUGCCACUGAUUUGGAUGGGGGCUGCUUUAAGCUUGGGGUUAGUUCUGGUGCUAUUUUUAAAAGUUUUAUUCAGACUUUUCUCAAAACAACUCUGGAUAGCUUUUUCUCUUGCCUGUUAUCCAUUGGAGCUCUUUGCCUGCUGCAAAAUAUAUAAUCAUAAUCACUUGUUGUAAUAGAAGAAAGCACAAGUUUCUGUCUUGUUCUACCUUUGCUUACAGAAACUCACAAUUUCUGCUUACAUGCCACUGCCAAACUGCAGGGAAUACCAGUUACUUGAUUGUUGAGUGUGUUUCUGGCUGCUGUAGUCUGAAUUUUUUUUAAGUACAGAUAGUGUGUGUUUACUGAUUGUUAUUUUUAGUUGCAUUUUUCCCCAUCCUUGCUGGCCUGGGUGGAGAAUAAAGAUGUAUGUGGCUUAGAAGAGUACACUCAUGCUUCUGCUUGACUUUGUGAGAAAGACUGUGCGAUGGGGUAAGCACUGUCAUUCUAUGCUGAUAAUUGAUUUCAAGUCAUUAUCUUCAGAGACACAGCUUAAAGUGUGUCUGAAAUGGUUCUGUUUUACCUCUUAACCCGUGCCUAUCCAGAACGGUCAUAUCUCUGGGCUCUGUUUUGUUUUUACUUCAUAGCACACAAAAAUGAUUAGAUUUUGAUUUAAUUUCACUUACUGGGUAUCUGACGUUAGCCCCAAGGACCUGUAGGCAAAGACAUGCUUCCACACCAAAAUAGGAAGUACAUUUAACUCUACAUUAAAUAUCUUUUAAUAUCUGGAUAGCUUUUUGAAGCUGCAACUGGUAGUUUAAAAAAAGCCACCCCAAACUGCUCUUGCACACCAAAGCACACAACUAGAGUAGCACUAAAGAGAGGAAAUGAGGAUGCACAGUGCCCUGUGAGAGAAAUAAUUUCACUCAAAGUUUAUGUAAACCUUUUCUGUCCCAGGCAAUGAAUUGCCUGUAGGACCAGUGCCCUUCCCACUUCUUUCUAAAGAUGUGCCAAUGUACAGAAGGUUAGUUUAAUGCAGGUUCAUCUCUGAAGUUGAUUAGUCCAUCCAAAUUUAUUCCCUGUAUUGAAAUGAAAACUCAAAAAAAAAAGUGAGAGGUUGAAGCAAAUUCAGACCUUUCCCAAAUAAAUGUCUUUACCCAAAAAAAGGGACACAAUUCACUUGAUAAGACAACCUUUCAAUUACUUUCAUGAACUAGAAGGGGCAUCACGUAGAUAAAGGCUUACUUGUCUUUAGCAAUAAAACAUGCUCACUCUUCCAAUAGGCAGCCACUUAAUGAUGAGGGAGGACUUGUGGCUGUGUGUUUGGUAACAAAAUAAUUUGCCUUAGGGUUCAAAAUCCCCCAAACCACCCUUUCAUGCAAAUGGAUGAAGAGUAAGUGCAUUUACACAGGCAGCCCAGAGAAACAAGGCUUGAGGGUCUCUCAUGGAUCCCCCUUGGUCAUUAAGCCCCCAUUUCCAUUAACUUUUAGUCUCCCUAAUUUCUUGUCAUCACCUGGUAGCUGAAGUCUGUCAGAACACAUUAAAAUAAAGAGAACAUCUGAGUUGGACAAACACAUUGUUGGCCUUUGUGUUAAAAAAAAUGCCCUUGCUUUUAGUGAGCAUAAAACCUUCCCCUCACAACAGAGCACCUGCUCUGGUUUGCAGCCGUUGAAAUUAGGUAUGCCAGGGAUUAAUUUGACCUGGAGCCUUGUAAGAUAAAAAAGUUUCUGCCCUAAAUUGAUCUCCUUGUUUUAGGGAUCCUUUUUCCAACAACCUCUUUCAGCCAGAAAUUUACCUUUCAAGAUUAAAAAAAGACAAAUACUGAAUUUGAUAACAUUCUCUUCAGCAAAUAGGAAGAAAACGCACCUCCUAUGCAACAUGUUCCCUCAGGGCUUGGUUUAUUAGAAGUUCCUCCAUCAGUAAGGUAUAUUAAAACCAAUAUAUUUAAGGGUGCCUUUGACUGUCUUCAUAUAUACGCCAAAAUCUUUCUGCUACUACAGCGGUAAGGUAAGUGAGUCAUUUAUUUCGACUAUAAAAUAACAGCAAAUCGGCUCCUUGUGACAGAACACAAAUAUAGCUUAAUUUAUUCUAGCCUGGUUAUUUGAAUCACCUGCAGUUGUGUUCCUAACAACCCCAAAUACUGUAAGUAAACUGAAUGGCUUUUAUAGUGUCAUUGCUGGGCACGAAUCCAACAGCUCCCGGGUCAGUUGGCCAAGGGAGAACAUGGCAUUUGUUCAGUCUUUCUGAAAUGCAAGACUUGUCCUGAACCACGGAAGCGUCCGCUUUUACUGUCUGUCACUAUGAUGCAUUUAACUGUGUUUGUAGUGAGCUGCCCUUGUAAUUACAGGCAAUUACUGGAAUAUCCUUCCGUCAUAAUGCAGAUUUUCCUUAAUGUUUUAACCAUACAAGAGUUGCACACAGAAUUAAUAAACACAAGUCAUUUUAACCUUCAUUAAUUUAGUCAUAUGAGCUCCCCUGUGACUUAAGAAAUGAGCAGAAAAGAAAGUGAAAUAGAGUACACGGCAUUAUCCCAGGGCAAGUGUAGGGCCAUUACUAAAUGCCAGCUCUGCUCUCACCAAGAAUGUGUCAGCAGAGCUAAAGUUAGAGACUGAAAGCAAAUAAUUAGGCUGACUCCUCUACAAUGCAAUUACUGAACGUGAAUAUUGAAACAGUCUCCAAAACAAGAGUUCAUUUGGUAGUUGUGACUUUACCCAGCCUUGUGAUCACAGCAGGAUUGUUCUGAGGCUCCAUUUCCACUCUAAAAAUCAAGCCUCUUCUGAUGGCUGAAUUUGCCACUUAUUUCAAUAGGAAAUUAUUAAAAAAAAA